CAGUUUUUAAAAAAUGAAGUGAAGUUAGUUUUAAUUCUAUUUCGGUGCCGGAGUUAGUGUCGUUGCUGUUGUGAGCUCGAUUGUGUCACCUCUUCCUGAUUUAAAUGAAAUGACACUGCGAGUGAGAGUUGCUGCAUGAGGGUUUGUUUCCUGAGUGUGUCCUGAUGUGCUGCAGUUGCAUCGAAGCAGACCGCCAAGUGGCACAACAGCGUGACUCGCUAACUGGAAACGUUACCAAACACUACCAAGAUGGCUUUACAAUUUAAAGACUCGUUUUGGGGAAAAGACUUUAUCAGCUGUGAUGGUUACGAGGCCAUUAUUCAGAGACUCAAUGAUGGUCGGCGGACGUGUAAAGACACGGAGGAGUUGUUGAAAAUGAGAGCUUCAGCAGAGGAGAAAUAUGGAAAAGAACUGGUUUCAAUCGCCCGAAAAGCUGGUGGUCUGGUUGAGAUUUGCACUUUGAGGACUUCAUUUGAUGACAUGAAAACACAAAUGGAAAAUGUAGGGAACUUGCACAUCCAGCUUUCUGGUCUCCUAAAGGACGAGGUGAAGAGAAUGGAGGAAUUCAGAGAGAGACAGAAAGAACAGAGAAAAAAGUUUGAAAUCAGCAUGGAGAAGGCUCAAAAGAUGAAGGUUUCUCUCUACAAGAAAACUAUUGAGUCAAAAAAAUCUUAUGAGCAACGCUGCAAGGAGGCGGAUGAGGCAGAGCAAACGGCUGAACGGCUGGGCAGCGCUCCCACAGCGACUCCCAAACAGAUCGAGAAGAUAAACAACAAAACUAAGCAGUGCAGAGAAGCUGCAGUUGAGGCUGAUAAACAGUACAAGUCGAACAUCGAGCAGCUGGACACGCUUCGUCAGGAGUGGGAAUUGACACACAUAGAUGCAUGUGAGAUGUUCCAGCAGCAAGAAGUGGAUCGUAUCAGCGUCAUUAGGAAUGCGUUGUGGGUGCACUGCAACCACUUAUCCAUGCAGUGUGUGAAAGACGACGAGGUAGGCGUGCCUCAUUUUCCUACAGAUGUAAUGAAACAGUCAUCAGCAGCCAUAUUUCCUCUGGUCAAACUGGUCCCUCAGUGUUACGAGAGCGUGAGGACAACGCUUGAAAGCUGUGACAUCAUCACAGACAACAACCACUUUGUGGAGGGCAGGAAGACUAGUUCAACCCCCCCAGCUCCAAUUGAAUACCAGAAUUACUAUGAUAACGAUGCAGCAGACUCAAACGGCAGCGCUGGAUUUAUAGAAGGAGUCAAGAAAAGGUUUUCAAGUCUCCUGACAGGAAGUAAUACCUUUGGCUCCAAACUCAACAUCAAUGAGCCUGUUGCACAACCUGCAGCACAAACCUCAGAAGGCGUUUACGCAUCCAUUCCUGGACUACAGGUGACCCAGGCCAGCAGUGAUGAGUACAAAGCCCUGUACGACUACAUAGCUCAGGGAGAAGAUGAGCUCUCUAUAUGUGUUGGUGAUGUUGUGGUUGUUAAGGAAAAGGGCGAGGAUGGCUGGUGGAUGGUAGAACGAAACGGCAUUUCUGGAUUGGUUCCUGGUUCUUAUCUCGUCCAAGAAUAAGUUAGCCUUCUUGCAAGGAUAACUCCCAUUUCCACACAUUUAAGUUAUAUAAAUCUUGUCACCUCAAUUUAGGAAUCAUUUAUAAACUGAAGCCCCUGUGAUGAGGAUAUGGCAAUAUUCCAUUUAUCAACAUUCCUCAAACUUCUAGAAGAUUUAUUAACCUCCUGAACACGAUUAUUGCACUAAAAUGUAUUUAAGCUUUAUUUUGUAUAUUUUAUGGUUUGUAUUAAAAAACUCAACAUAAUUUGCA